CACAACUUCAGAAAAUCUCGAUAUCGAUGUCUGUUGUCUAUCGGAGACCCGUAUUCAAAACUCUAGUGAAGUGCUACAGAUUCGAGCUCGAUCUAUCGCUUCGAAAAGCAUGUUUCACCUGCGUUUAUCCGGGAACCCUAUGACAUCUGGUUUCGUUAGCGUUGGUGUUGCACUAGGCACUAGAGCUGAGGCAGCACUAAUCCAUUGGAUCCCUAUUAGCUGUCGGUUAUGUGCUGUUAGAUUAGAAAUUUCCUUCAAAGUAAGAAGAAAUCGGCGUGAGAAACGAUGUCUUUUCGUCAUCUCCGCCUAUGCUCCGAUAGAUUGCAGCCCGGAUGCUAUCAAGUAUGUGUGUUUUUCCACCAGUUAACAGUUCUUCUACAGAAGGUGCGUUCGACAGAUAUUGUAGUAUUAGUACUAGUCGAGUCUCUAGGCACAGAAGAGAGUUGUUUAGGUGGCCGGUGGAAACUUGUUGGUCGCAGGUCAGAUAACGGUGACCAUCUCCUGCAACUGCGCGCAGACCACAACCUGUUUCUGGCUAGCAGCAACUACCGGCACAGUCAUCGCUGAUGUGCCACCUGGCGUCCUCCCUCUACAUCUCAAACCUGGAAUCAGAUUGAUCACAUCGCGGAUGGUACUGCCUUACUGUGCGACGAUGCCAAAGUCAUAGAAUCCGCACUUAAUCAGUUGGCAAUUGGUGUUCGCAGGUAUGGUAACUGCUUUCCACCUUCCAAGUGUAAAGUACUUUUACAAGACUGGCAGGACUCUGAUCCUACACUCACACUGGGUAGUAAGCGGAUAGUUGUCGAGAAGUUCGUGUAUCUGGGUAGCUGCACAGGUGCUGGUGGUAGCGUGAGUGAUGAAAUCAAUUCACUUAUAAUGUAAGCCAGAGCGGCUUAUGCCAAUCUGGGCCAUUUUGGGCGCUGACACCCAGUGGCAACAUGUCAGUAAUGCGGAUGUUCGGCGUCGUGUGUCCGGACAUAGCAACGACAAUUCAAUUAGUGCUACUAUCCUGAAACAUCGACUUCAGUGGUUUGGAUGUGUCGUCUCAGAGAAUUUCACGUCGUGCAUUAUUUGCCGACAGAGUUCGGUUUGAAAAGCCAGAGAGGUGGUCAGUGUACGACAUAGUGUCGUGGUAUGGAAAAAAGCUGUACAGGACUGGCUUCUGUUGGUUUUUCACUACUCCCUGGUUGGGAUCUUAGAGACGGUACAGCAUAGAGAAUGUAAAGUGCUUAUAAUAAAAGAAGAACAACAACGAACAGAAAUUAUUGUAUGAGAGCGAAAUAAUAAUAAUAAUAAUAAUAAUAAUAAUGCGAGAAGCAGUUCAGUUGGGAAAUAUACAACCAGAAGGAAUUCUUUCAGUCAAAGAGGUUACGUUCACCUUAAUGAAGACAGUAAAAGAAAGUUAUUGUAGGAUCGCCACUGCCUUCUAUACUGUGUCAUAUCUGAUAACGUCUCAAGCCACUAUGUUAUACUGUCUCUAAGACCACAACCAGCGAGUCGUGAAGGACCGACAGAAGCCAGUCCUGUACAGCUUUCUUUCAUAUUGUGGUGUUUGCUACUUAUGCUGACAUAUAUAAGUAGCAUGCAGCCGCAAUCGAAAGUAGAAUGCCUUGGAGAGGGAGAUUGAAUUGAAGGAAGCAGAAAGGAAAUCGUAAAUCAAUAAAAAUAACAACAGAAUUAGAGGAAUAAUCGAUUAGGCAAAGGAAAACGCAAAGUAGAUGUGCACAUGAUGCAUUUAAUACAUAAUUUUGCGUUAAACAAUAAAUUAGUUUCGUUCACUACAAUACCACGACACCAUGUCAUAUCCCCAUUUCUCCGCUUUUUCCAACCGGUCUCAGUGUCGGCAUAUAAUGCACGACGUGGAAUUCUCUGGGAUGACAUUCGUACUGAAGGCAUGAGAACGGCCCCUGGUAUGACUGCGAACGAAGACUGUGAUAUGAUUGAAACUAGGAUCCGAUCUCAGAAAUGUUAUAUAAUUGGAAAGGAAACUUGAUGUUGGCUUAAUACAAGAUAGGGAGUACUCGUUAUAGACGUCGUGGAAUUGAUAUGAAUGGUCAUGUGGCUAAUUAUGUUGAAACAGAACAAAUUUUGCAUACAGACAUUGGUCAAUUUCCACAUACAGUUGUAUUUCUCCAAUGUCGUGGAUCUGUGCCACUUUACUGGAGUCAAACAAGCUUAGUGUACAAUCCACCCAUACUUUUAGAAAAAUCACAAACUGAAAAUCAAGAAGCAUUCAAUAAGUAUUGGUCAAGACAUUUUCAGGAAUUUGAACGUAUACUCAUCGUGAAUUUAUUAAGUUCUGGACGUAAACAUCGUGAAACUAUAUUAACCGAUGCAUUUUUACGUCAUAUUCUAUUAUCGAAAAAUGAACAAUUAGCUUAUAUAGGCUUUGAUUUUCAUGAUUUUUGUCGAAAUUCUCAAUUUCAAAAUGCUUCAGUUCUUUUAUCCGGUAUUGACGAUUUAUUUCGUAAUUUUAAAUAUUGUUGGGUUACUCAUAAUGGUGUAAUAUGUGAACAAAGAUGGUUAUUUCAUGUGAACUGUUUAGAUUGCUUAGAUCGUACAAAUUUAGUUCAAUGUAUGUUCGCUGUUGUCAUGAUUACAAAUCAGUUGAAAAAAAUUGGUUUAUUAGGCCCGGAGGAAUGUUUACCCGCUGAAUUUCUACGCGCAGUUCAACAUAUGUGGGCAACAAAUGGCGAUGCUAUCAGUCGAAUUUAUGCAGGGACGAGUGCAAUGAAAGGUGAUUAUACAAGAACUGGUUCACGAACAGUAAAUGGUCUAAUGCGUGAUGGUGUUUAUUCAGUUAGUCGGUAAAUAUAACUUUUUAAUUUCCUCCCCUUUUAACAUGAUGUCAACUGAGUAUUUGAAAAACUGAUUAGAUUUAUGGAGGUUAAUGUAAUUUUAUGUUAGAUUUUCUCAUGGAGCGAUAUUAUCUGGUGGACAUUUGGAAACCAAGCAACUUUAGACACCUUUGUUGUUUUAAUUUGACGAUAAGUGUGUAGUGAACGAGAACACCACUGGGGGACAACCAAGUGCAUUUGAAUACAAAAUUACAGAAUCUCUUAGUAAAAUCUGAGAACCAUACAGUAGACACUUCAUUCGCAAAAUAUCAAUCAAUCGUUUCAGACUUUGUUGUUCCUUCGUUUUCAUACAAUCACUCUGUGUUCUCGUUCUGUUCUCUUAGAUUUUCUCAACGUUUUGCUGCCAGGCAUUUCACUUUCAAUUAGUGAUACAUACUACUUAUAUCUGACAAAAUCAGUAGCACACAUCACAAGUGCACAACUCAGCCAACCGGUCAUAAGCAACGCAGAACCUGGCACAUAUGUACAUCUGUUCGGUUCGUCACACAACUUUAAAACAUAAAGACGAAAUUAUAAAAUCCCAGAUUAGUAGAAGUACUAACAGUAUCAACAAUAAUAGAAAACACUUGUCAUAGACAAUAUUAUUUGAGAAGAAAGAAUGAGUCUACGGAAUAAGAAGUAUGCGAUUAUUUGAAAACUCUGGAUCUAACGGAAGGCAAGGAUUGAAUGUAUCCGCGCUUUUGAACUUGAUUCUCAACCAUAUCAUUUAACAUAUCCAAUCAUUGGGUUACAGCUACCAAUUUGGUUUAGUUUGAUAUUCAGCGACCUAGAGACUGAUACCAUGUUUUGGCUUAGUUAUGGCACAACUAAAGUGAGUGGAACCCAGGAUGAGAGCUCCGGAGAUUCUAGUGUAAAGUCGUGACUUAUGAAGUUUAACUGAAUUCAGAGUUUACCCAGUCACCUACAAACGACACUGAAUAUAGCUUUGUUGUAUGUAGCGAAUUAUUUGAAUUUUGAAAUGUUAGUCAAUCAGUUCAUACUUCAUUAACUUAAAGUUAUCAUUAUGUUCAUCAUCACAUCUAAACGUUCCAGGAUCGAUUCAAGAUUAGGGAGGAGAUCCAUGAGUAUGCUUCGCUGAGAUAGUUCAAACUUGGACAAAAGCAACAACUAUUCACUACUCUCUCUCUAAUUUUUCUACAUUGAUCUAGCUGAUGUUAGUUCACGAUAAAAAAACAAUCAUUCGUUCGUGUUUUUUUUCUUUGUUUUUCAAAACUAUUAAAUGAUUCUUUUGAAGACUCCCGGUACAGUUAAGAUCAUUUUUAUCAUAUAUAUGUAUCAAGUAAGUAGGUCUACCGACAACCAAUUAGUAAUAAUCAAACAUCCCAUCCUUGUUUUAUGUAUAUUUCAUCAUCAGUGCCCAACCAAUCAAUUCAUAAUUUUCACGGAGAAAUAUUUUACGCACAUUUUAAUGGUGGUUAACAUUUUCACUCUCAAUCAAUCAGAGAUUUAUAUUUAUGGCAUUAUCUUAAUAUUAUUACAGUAUUAUGAUUAAUUAGAUAGUUCAAAUUAUAACAAUAAAUGCCCGAAGUACAAUAACAAGUUAAGCGAUCUAUAGUAGUUUUCACCAAUCUGAUUAACUUAUUUACAAGUCUUAUUAGGAA